AUGAGUAAUUAAUCUCCAGAACCGGAAAAACAAUCAGAUGAGAUAUCCAGGCUCAAACUAAGUUUGAUGAUGAAGGAUAAUGAAAUAAGAGCAUUGAAGUUAAAAGUUAAUCCAAGCGACGAAAUUGAAAGGCUUCAGCAAGAAGCUGAAAAAAUGAAGGAGACAUACGAGUCCGAAAUCAAUCUUCUCAAAGAGGAAAAUUACGAAUACUCAGAACUUUUGAAAGAAACUCAAGACUAAGCCGAAUUUCUUAAAUCAGUUGUAAUAGGUAAAGAUAAAGAGAUAGCCGAACUGAAAUCACAAAAUGCUAAUGAUGAAAUUGUAAAAUCAAGAUCCAGAAAUGGAGAAUUGCAACUGGCAUUGGCAGAAAAUGCUAAUUUAAAAAACGAAUUGUAAAUUUUGCAAACCAAGUUGGAUGACGCAUAUCUUAGUAAAUAAGUUAUGGAUGAACAACUACAAAGUCUAGGAUAGAUGUUGGAAGUAGAACAAAGAAAUACCUUGAAUCAGGCUAACCAAAUUAGCACUUUACAGAAGGAGGCUUAAUAUUUGAGAAAUUCAGUUAAUGAUAGAGAAAGAUUUAUAGUAGGCAAAGAGAAGAUCAUCAAAUUAAAAGAUGGAGAAAUUAAUAGAUAAUAAGAAAUCAUCAAUGACACCCUUGCUAAAUUGGCAGAAAUGUAGCACGAUAACUAAGUUAUUGUUACAUAGAAUGACCAAUAUUAUAAACUACUUUAAGAGAAGCAGGCAGAAAUAGAUUCCCUCAAAGAUCAAUUGUAAUUCUUUGCUGAAGAUUUGUAAAGAGUAUAAAACUAUGAAGGACAAUAUAAUGAUGCUCAAGCCAAAAUUAAACAAUUGGCUUAAUACAUUUAAGAGCUUGAAAAAUAAUUGUAAGAUCAAAUGAAUUAAUAUGAAAAACAAAUCAAAGAGUUGCUAAAUAAUGCUAAGGCAACUGAAGAUGAAAAAGAUCACAAUAUAGAUCAACUUGAAAAGGACAAUUCUAAUAAGGCCAAUUAACUGGAGGCGUAGAAUAAAUAAAUAUCAUAAUUACAAAAAGAACUUAAAGACGCUGAUAAUAAGAGAGAUAGAGAAGUUAAAGAUGUUUAGAGGAAAUUAGAUGCGGAACUUAAGAAAACUGCUACUUUGGACAAAAAUAAUAAGACAUUGAAGGAUAAAAAUGAUGAAUAGGCAAAAUAAAUUAACGCUGCUAAUGAAGAGUUGGAUCAAUUGGAUUAAAAAAUUGCUGACUUAGAAUAAAAGGUUAAAGAUUAACAGAAUUAAAUUAAAGAUCUUGAAAAAGAAAUCAAAGAUUUGAAUAAAGAAAAAUAAAAUUUAAUUUAAGAUAACAAUAAUUUACAUUAAAAGUUCAAUUAGGCUGAAGAGAAGGCAUUGCAAUAAUAAAAAGAUUUAGUGAAAGCAUAAAAAGAAUUGAAUGAUAAGCACAAUAAUGCAGAACAAUUAAAUAAGGAUUUAGAUGAAUAUGAGUAAGAAAAUAAAGAAUUAUAAAAAGAAAUUAAUUCAUUAAAUGAUUAAAUUAAUUAAUUAAAUAAAGAAAUUAACUAAAAAUAGAAAUAAAUAGAUUAACAAGCUAAAGAUAUUUAAAAAUUAUAAGAGAAUUUAGAAAAAUAAAAGUAAGAUAAUUAAAGUAAGUAAUAAGAAAAUAAACAAUUGCAAUAAAAUAAUAAUGAUUUAAAUAAAUAAUUAAAUGAGUCAAAAAAACAAAAUUAAAAAUUAUAAGAUUAAAUUAACAAUACUGAGUAGAAAUAGAAUAAGACUUAGGAUUAAUUGAAAAAUUAACUAUAGGAUGCAUAAAAUGAAAUUAAGUAAUUGAAGGAUUAAAUUAAAGAACAAGAAAAAGAGAAGAAAAAUCUAUAAAAUGAAGUUAAUAAUCUGAAUAAGGAAUGUGAUGAUCUAGAUGCAAAACUCUAAUAAAAAAUAAAGGAAUAACAAGAAAACUCAGAAAUUAACAGACUCAAUGAUGAAUUAAAUAAAGCCUAAUAAUAACUAAAAUAAAAAGAAGAUUAAUUAACUAAAGUAUAAAAUGAAUUAAAUAAACUAAAAGAGUAGAAAUAAAAAGAAUAAAAAGAGCAAAAAGAUAAGGAUUAAUAAAGAAAGGACUUAGAAAAAUAGGUAAAAGAUUUGGAUGCCGAAUGUGAUCACUUAGAUUAAUAAAGACAAGCAGCUAUUAAUGAGGCUGAAAAAUUAAAAUAAGAAUUGUAAAACUUGAAUGAUUUGAAAAAACAAUUAAAAGAUACCUAAAACAAAUUAGCUUAAGCUGAAAAACAAAUAGCUUAAUUAGACCCAGAGGCAGUUAAAAAUAAAUUAUAAAAAGCAGAACAAGAUGCUAAAAAUGCCAUUUAAGCGUAAAAUUAGGCAAAGAAAGAUUUGGAUAAAGCUAAUAGUCAAUUAAAAUAAAAAGAGAAAGAAAAUAAGGAUUUAGAUGAUGAAUGCAAUGCUCUGGAUACUCAGGUAUAAAAUCUUAAAGAGUAAGCCAAGUAAUAAGAGGAUGAAAUUAAAGAAAAAUAAAAAUAAAUAGAUCAAUUAUAAAAAGAAAAUCAGUAAUUGAAGAAGGAUGAUAUAAAAGGAGAAAUUGAUAAAUUGAGAAAGUUUAUUUAAGAAUAAAAACCAAUACUAGAUAAUUUGGAAAAGGAAUCUACUUAAAGCGAUAAAAGAAGAUCAGAUUUAGAAAAAUAAAUCGCCAAAAGUCAGGAUGAUUUAAAUAAACUCAAAAAGAAAAAGGGAGGGAAUGGAGAUGAUGAUUAAUAAAUACAAGGUUUAGUUUAAAAACUUGAUGAAUUGGAUAAUAAAUUAUAAUAAGAAGUGGACAAGUAUAUAGAAUCAGUUUCAAAUAUUGAGAAAUUGCUAACAGACAUUACUGAAAAGUUAUUAAAACUAAAACUGUAAAUUAAUGAAGUGCAAGAAGAGGAUGGAUAAUAAUUUAAUGAUGUGUUCUAACUUGUAAAAAAUCUUUGUAAUGAUUACAAAUAAGGUUUAGCGACUCAUAAUUAAGCAAUGGAAGAUCUUCUAAAGUAAAUUAAUAAGUAAUUUUGA